CAUAAAGUUGUUUCUGGAAACUCAUCUGCCAAAAGAGAUGGGACAAUGGAGCCAGCUUGUUGUGAUGGGGACUGUACUGGGGUUACGUCUUCGUCAGCUCCACGAUUGGACAAAACUUCUGGAGCCGGAUGGCUGCUGCCGACAACCGAAGCCUGCUGCCUAAAGCUAUCACCUUCCCUUACACCAGCACGAAUCUUAGCUGUGCGAUAAGUAGAUGGGACCAAAGGCGACCGAGAAGACUCAGAUCAGCACGAAGCGGCUGACGAGUUCCUUGUUGGAGGACGAUGGACCGACGAUACUUCAGGUCAAGGAAGCCAGCUUCAAGCACCAAGGCUGCGUCUAGUGGGCGGAAUCGAUCACAGUCACCACCAAGAUCGACCCGCCACUUCAUGAACUUAAAGCCGCUUACGCAUGAACCACUGAGAACGUCGCGCUCCAUCAGAGUUGUCCAGAUUCUCAAGUUCAACAGGGACAAUCUCGAGAUCUUUGCUACGCUGCACCAAGUAAGACUCUGCGACACUGAUAAGGAUACCACGAAUUAUGUCGCUCUGUCCUACACAUGGGGCUAUCCAGUCACUUCCACAGAGCAAUGGGGACCCUAUAGUGCUAAACCUGAGAAGAUUGUCGCUAAAGCGAAACUCAUCUUGGUCAAUCCCGGAGAUUAUCGUCGCAUGAUCAGCGACGACAAUGCUAUCAGCGACUGCAGCUGGGUCGACCGAUCGCAGCUUUUCGAGUACAAGAUGACUGAGAACCUAUCCGAUUUUCUCAUGAGCUUGACGAGUCGCUCUGAAGAACGCGACGCACAUAUACCUCUUAUCUGGAUUGACGCCAUCUGUAUAGACCAGACGAACCCUCAAGAAAAGGCUGUCCAGAUCCCACUCAUGGGUGAGAUCUAUGCAAAGUCCUCGGCGGUGUACAUCUGGUUAGGGAAACACGACCGAGACCUUGAAGGUCUGUUCUGGAUGUAUAGAACCUUGUUGCCGGCAAUUAAAGAGCGUCAGAAAAAGUCCUCCUCGUUACAGGCAUUCUUUCAAUGGCUUCAGACUUACGGCCCGGGCGAUGAACGAUUGCUGGAAGACCUUGGGCUCAAACCCGAGAAAGCCUCGCUGAAGGAUUGUUGGAUCACGUAUAUCAUGUUCUUCACAACAAGGUCAUGGUUCUUCCGAGCUUGGACCUUGCAGGAGGCCGUCGUUGCCAGCAACCCCGUCUUCGUUAUUGGAAACGACUUCCAUGUCUUGAGCUGGGCUGAUACCUGGGAUUUGAGAAGAAUAGUCCAGGCUUGGAGCAAUGGUCUAUCAGAGCUGACGAUGUACAACGAAAAGCUUGCUCCAGAAUUGAGAGGAACCCGUCUCAUUCGAGGUUGGACCGAGAUAUUUCCCCUUCGAAGUGUCUUCUCGAGCUGCCUACGAGCUGACAACCGGGAUGAGUGGGUUCAAACAUGGUCAUUAUUGCUCUUUUUUGCCACGGCAAAGGACUGCACUGUGACAGUAGACAGGCUGUACUCGACCUUUGGCAUGGCCAAGAUGAUAUGCCCGGCAGAAGUCAGCGGAUUCCCAGUCGUUGACUUCUCACGGUCUGCCGCCGAGGUCUUUACACAAGUUGCCCGCUUCUUGAUUUGCAAUAGCGGUGGUUUGAGUCUGCUCUCGCUCGUCACAGAUCGGACGUUUAUCAAAACAGCUGGAAUGCCUUCUUGGGUGCCAGACUUUGCCAUCAAAGGAGAUCAAGGCCACUUACUUUCUUCCGUAAUCCUCCGCCGCGACACUGCGGUCAUUGCAUUACUUUCAGAGGGAAGAGGGCCGGCAAAAUUGCAUUCAUCCCGCGCAAUGAUGGCAAGUUUAGCCCCUUUUCAUUGUACCACGAAUACUGCUGAAGCUCUGUGGCGGACUUUGAUAUAUGACUUUGGCGAAACUCCCACGACACCUACAGGGGCGGCCGCCGAAGCAGAAGCCGACCCGAGACACGCACAAGGCUUCAAGCAGUGGUUAACGAUUGACUUGACCACGUGUCUCAACAGGGACGGACAUGGCUUGGAACGACACGAGAGCCGCGAGUUUGGUUCUAUCCUUUCAUCCAAGUUUCAAAAAGCCCAUAGCGAGCUCAUUCCAUCCCUGGACGAGGUCCAUCAGAUCGUUCACUAUGUAUUGGCACAUCCAUACGUGGGACAUCCAUCGCAGCUCCAAGGGCCACUCGGCAGGGCAUACCAUACCUUGAUGACGCCUAUUAUCAUGAACAGACGACUGUUUAUUACUGAUGAAGGGUAUAUAGGGUUAGGAAAGCUAUCGUCUCGCGUAGGUGAUGAAGUUUGGGUCCUUGCUGGUGGUAAAGUCCCAUACGUUAUGAGGCCGAGAGAGGAUGGCAAGAGGUUCUCGCUGGUCGGGGAUGCUUAUGUACACGGUUUGAUGGAUGGGAAUUGGUCGAUGUCGAGUGACGCAAUUGUUGAAGACGUUCAAGUGGUGUGA